CUUGCGUCCAUGUGCUUCUCGUGCCUCCGGGUCAGCUUAAGCGCUCGGCAGGAAUCCCGGGCAGGAGCGAGGGGGUCCACCCCGUGCCGUGACACGCGGUGGGGACCCCCCGAGGGCUGUGCCUGCCCCUGGCUGCAGACCCAUUGUGGCCACGUGGAUUUGUCAGCCCACCACUGAUGUGCUGAGGCCCAUUGGGACGGAGGAGCAGCCUACAGGCUCGUGCCGCCAUUUUGGGUGUGAGGAAUCUGAGAUGAGAAUAGUUAGAUGCUGAUGAUCUUGACACAGUUGCUUUCUUAUGUAUGCUGACAGGAUAAAAAGCUUGAACAUGCCUCGUAGCCCAACAUCAAGCGAAGAUGAAAUGGCACAAAGCUUUUCCGACUAUUCUGUUGAAUCUGAAUCAGACAGCUCCAAAGAAGAAACUAUUUAUGACACAAUUAGAGCAACCGCAGAAAAGCCAAGCAGCAGAAUGGACGACAGUCAGAGCAACACUCUAGUGAUUCGAAUUAUAAUACCUGAUCUACAGCAAACAAAAUGCAUUAGAUUUAACCCAGAAGCUUCAGUGUGGGUUGCAAAGCAACGAAUUUUGUGCACUUUGAAUCAGAGUUUGAAAGAUGUCCUGAAUUAUGGACUGUUCCAGCCUGCAAGCAAUGGUAGAGAUGGGAAGUUUUUGGAUGAGGAACGACUUCUUAGGGAAUACCCACAGCCAGUGAAUAAAGGAGUUCCUUCCCUAGAGUUUCGAUACAAGAAAAGAGUAUACAAACAGUUCAAUCUUGAUGAAAAACAACUGGCCAAGCUUCACACAAAGGCUAAUUUGAGAAAAUUUAUGGAUCAUGUCCACCACCUCUCAGUGGAAAAAAUCACAAAAAUGUUGGACCGAGGACUGGACCCCAACUAUCAUGACCUAGAAAGUGGAGAAACACCACUAACUUUGGCAGUUCAGCUUGACAAUACAGUAGAAGUGAUAAAAGCUCUCAAAAAUGGAGGAGCACAUUUAGACUUCAGAGCCAAAGAUGGAAUGACAGCUCUGCACAAAGCAGCCAGAGCCAAGAACCAAGUAACCCUCAAGACUCUUUUAGAGCUUGGAGCAUCUCCUAACUACAAAGACAGCUGUGGCCUGACACCUCUGUACCACACUGCUGUGGUGGGAGGGGAUCCUUACUGCUGUGAACUGCUACUUCAUGAACACGCUACAGUUAGCUGCAAAGAUGAAAACGGAUGGCAAGAAAUUCAUCAGGCUUGCCGGUAUGGACAUGUCCAACAUCUGGAGCACCUUCUCUUCUAUGGUGCAGACAUGUGUGCGCAGAACGCAUCAGGAAAUACGGCGCUGCACAUCUGUGCCCUUUACAACCAAGAGAGUUGUGCCAGAGUGCUGCUCUUCCGGGGAGCAAAUAAGGAGAUUAAGAAUUACAACAGCCAGUCUCCGUUUCAGGUGGCUAUAAUAGCGGGAAAUUUUGAGCUUGCUGAAUAUAUCAAGAACCACAGGGAAGCUGAUAUUGGAUCCUGCUUCCCAUAUCCAAGUAGAAGUCCCCGGAAUCUGUUGCUGUCAGUGCCCUUUAGAGAGGCUCCUACCUACUCAAACAGAAGGCGGAGACCCCCAAGCACCUUAGCAGCACCCCGUAUCUUACUUCGUUCCAACAGUGACAACAAUCUGAACAUCAACAACCUCCCUGAGUGGUCAGCCUCCUCUUCUGCCUCUUCCCACCGCAGCCUUUCUCCUCAUCUACUUCAACAGAUGCAGAAUAAUCCUAAUGGAACUGUAAAAACUGUGGGGAGUUACACUCCAUCCUCCCGAAGCCGGUCACCAUCCCUAAACAGGUUGGGAGAGGAUGCCAAACGGCAGCAGCACAGGCACAUCAGUGCCGUUUACGGUCCUAGUGCCAACAAGGAUCCUCUGUCUGCCUUGGAUUAUCAGGGUCCAAAGCGCAAGCUUUAUAGUGCUGUACCUGGAAGACUUUUUAUUGUCGUAAAGCCAUAUCAACCUCAAGGAGAAGGGGAAAUUCAUCUGCACAAAGGAGAUAGAGUAAAAGUUUUAAGCAUUGGUGAAGGUGGAUUCUGGGAAGGCAGCACCCGGGGACAUGUUGGAUGGUUUCCUGCAGAAUGUGUUGAAGAAGUUCAGUGUAAACCAAAUGAAAGCAAACCAGAAACACGAUCAGAUAGAACAAAGAAACUGUUUAGACACUACACAGUUGGAUCCUAUGACAGCUUUGAUGCUUCAAGUGACUGCAUAAUAGAAGAAAAGGCAGUGGUCCUGCAGAAAAAAGACAAUGAAGGAUUUGGAUUUGUGCUCAGAGGGGCAAAAGCUGACACACCAAUUGAAGAAUUCACCCCAACUCCAGCCUUUCCUGCUUUGCAGUACUUGGAAUCUGUGGAUGAAGGGGGAGUAGCAUGGCAAGCUGGCCUGAGAACCGGGGACUUUUUGAUCGAGGUUAACAAUGAGAAUGUAGUGAAAGUUGGCCACAGGCAGGUGGUGAACAUGAUUCGACAAGGGGGCAAUCACCUAGUUCUAAAGGUUGUCACAGUAACCAGGAAUCUUGAUCCAGAUGACACAGCUAGAAAGAAAGCCCCACCACCGCCUAAGCGAGCUCCAACCACUGCACUGACCUUGCGGUCUAAGUCAAUGACCUCAGAGCUUGAAGAGCUUGUGGAUAAAGCUUCAGUACGGAAGAAGAAGGAUAUUCUCCCUUCACAUUUUGAAGGUUUGAAGAAGAGGAUUGUUUUUCGAGUCACACUAAAUAAGGUGGAUGAAAUAGUACCAGUUUCCAAGCCAUCAAGAAUUGCAGACAAUGCAACUGUGGACUCAAGAGUGGCAACUAUUAAACAGCGGCCUUCUAGUAGAUGUUUUCCCUCAGCUACAGAUAUGAAUUCCAUGUAUGAGAGACAGGGUAUUGCUGUGAUGACACCCACUGUACCGGGGAGUCCUCAAGGUCCUUUUCUGGGUAUACCUCGGGGUACAAUGAGAAGACAAAAAUCUAUAGGAAUAACAGAGGAAGAACGGCAGUUUUUGGCUCCUCCUAUGCUGAAGUUUACCAGAAGUCUUUCAAUGCCAGACACCUCUGAAGAUAUCCCACCACCACCACAGUCCUUACCACCUUCACCACCACCACCUUCUCCCUCUCUGUACAACUCUCCCAAAUCCCCAACAUCAAGGAGCUAUGGAACUAUUAAACCUCCAUUUAAUCAGAAUUCAGGUGCAAAAAUUUCUUUGGUUAGGCCUGAAAAUGUGGGAACUAUGAUAAGGGACAAAGGGAUCUAUUACAGACGAGAACUGGACCGCUACUCUCUGGACUCUGAGGAUCUGUACAGUCGGAGUGCCACAUCUCAGGCAAAUUUCAGGAACAAGAGAGGUCAGAUGCCAGAAAACCCGUAUUCUGAGGUCGGGAAGAUUGCAAGCAAAGCAGUUUAUGUGCCAGCCAAACCAGCGAGACGGAAGGGGAUGCUGGUGAAACAAUCCAAUGUUGAAGACAGUCCAGAAAAGACCUGCUCUAUUCCAAUCCCAACAAUUAUUGUGAAAGAGCCGUCCACCAGCAGCAGCGGGAAAAGCAGCCAAGGGAGCAGCAUGGAAAUCGAUCCUCAGUCUUCAGAGCAACCUGGGCAACUCCGACCUGAUGACAGCCUAGGUGUCAGCAGUCCAUUUGCAGCAGCCAUUGCUGGAGCAGUAAGGGACAGGGAAAAGCGUCUGGAAGCAAGGCGUAAUUCUCCAGCCUUCCUUUCCACAGACCUAGGAGAUGAGGAUGUUGGGCUAACACCACCAACACCACGUAUGAGGCAGUCUAAAUUUACUGAUGAAGCAAUGUUUAGUAGUGAAGAUGGCUUUAGACAGCUUAUGUCACCAUCUCCAAUUCCUGCACCUAGAGAGCCUGAAAAUAUUUUUAAUAGCAGUGAACCCAGCAAUCAAAGUGAUUCAAGGACAUUAAAUGCUUCGUCCAAAACGAAAGGUACUGAAAACAGUACAGUGGCAGCUAAGCCCACGAAUGCAUCCAGCUCAGAUAAUUAUGUUCACCCAGUCACAGGAAAGCUAUUAGAUCCAAACUCACCACUAGCCCUCGCUCUCUCUGCCAGGGACAGAGCCAUGAAAGAACAAACGCAGCAGAUUCCAGGCAAAGGGGACACUGUUAAGCCUGACCUUAAUAAACCACUUUACAUCGAUACAAAGCUGAGACCCAAUAUUGAAACGACAUUUCCUGUUACUGCUACUGUCACUAGGCAAAAUACUCGCGGCCCAUUGCGAAGGCAGGAGACUGAGAACAAGUAUGAAACAGAUGCAGGGAAAGAAAAGAAGGCUGAAGAGAAGAAAAACAUGUUGAUAAACAUUGUGGAUACUUCACAGCAGAAGUCAGCUGGCUUGUUAAUGGUUCAUACCAUGGACACAGCAAAGUCUGAUGAUGCGCCUGAAGAUGAAGAGGAAAAAAGAGAUGAAAUGGAACCAAACCCUGAAAACUCCCCACCAGAGAGGCCAGAGGGAAGUGAGGAAGCAGAAAGUGAGCUGGAUGUGCCUGCUGCACCUGAGCCACCGGCAUCUCCCUGCAAAACCAUCGUAGCAGCGAGCUCUGUCGACGACCCAGUCAUCUUGCCGUUCCGCAUCCCCCCGCCACCCUUAGCAUCAGUUGAUAUUGAUGAAGAAUUUAUUUUUACUGAGCCACUACCACCCCCCUUAGAGUUCGCCAACAGCUUUGAUAUCCCCGACGACCGCUCAGCUCCUGGUUCAGCUCUAACGGACUUGAUUAAGCAAAGAAAAAACGGCACGCCUUCACCCGCGCCAUUUGCCCCCAGCCAGUCAACAAAUUCCUUAGACAGUAAAAAGCAAGUGGGUCUUUCAAACUGUUUGCCUGCCUCCUUUUUGCCACCCCCUGACAGCUUUGACAACGUCACUGACUCUGGGAUUGAGGAGGUAGACAGUCGGAGUAGUAGUGACCAUCACUUAGAGACAACCAGCACUAUCUCAACAGUGUCCAGCAUCUCUACCUUAUCCUCAGAAGGGGGUGAGAACGUGGAUACUUGUACAGUCUAUGCAGAUGGGCAAACAUUUCUGGUGGACAAACCCCCAGUACCUCCUAAGCCAAAAAUGAAGCCCAUAAUCAACAAAAGCAAUGCACUUUACAAGGAUGCGCUAAUUGAAGAAACUGUAGACAGCUUUGUUAUUCCUCCUCCCGCUCCGCCCCCACCUCCAAUCAGUGCACAGCCCAAUAUGGCUAAAGUUGUUCCCCAAAGGACAUCUAAGCUAUGGGGCGAUGUGACGGAGGUGAAAAGCCCAAUUCUCUCAGGCCCAAAGGCUAAUGUUAUUAGUGAAUUGAACUCAAUACUCCAGCAAAUGAACAGAGAGAAAUCCUCAAAGCCAGGGGAAGGAUUGGAGUCACCUACUGGAACAAAAACUGCAAGUCUCAGUACAAGGAGCACAGAAGUCAUGAGUACUGUCUCAGGUACACGAAGUACAACAAUCACUUUUACUGUCCGACCUGGAACCAGCCAGCCGAUCACACUGCAGAGCAGGUCCCCAGACUAUGACAGUAGGACCUCAGGAGCAAGACAUGCUCCAAGCCCUGUGGUUUCACCAACAGAGAUUAAUAAAGACAUCAUGCCUGCUCCUCUGACUGCUUCUGCUUCAGCUUCAUCUCCUUCUCCAACUUUGUCCGAUGUAUUUAGCCUACCCAGCCAGCCCCCUUCUGGGGACUUAUUUGGCUUGACCACAGGGCGCAGCAGGUCUCCUUCUCCCUCAAUAUUACAACAGCCAAUCUCAAAUAAGCCUUUUACAACUAAGCCUGUCCACCUGUGGACUAAACCAGAUGUGGCAGAUUGGUUGGAAAGUCUAAACUUAGGUGAACAUAAAGAAACAUUUAUGGACAAUGAAAUAGAUGGCACUCAUUUACCAAAUCUACAAAAGGAAGAUCUGAUAGACCUUGGAGUGACUAGAGUUGGGCACAGAAUGAACAUAGAAAGAGCUUUGAAACAGCUGCUGGACAGAUAAGAAUAGCUAUUUUGCCUCACAAACUUCUGUUGAUAACUAGAGAUGGGCUGGUACUGAAAUACCCCAAAUGCCUUGUCUGUCUGCGAGUGCCAGCAAAAUUAGGGGGGGAAAAACAGUUUAAUUCCUGGUACUCAGGUAAUGCAGACUGUAUGCUACAUGCCCAAACGUAAAUCUAAAUAUGUACACGAGUGGGGCCAUUUUAUUUCAAAGUUGUGGGGAGAUAUGAGAGAGAGAGAGAAAAUUGUUAACUUUAAAAAUAUUACCAUCUAUUGAUAAUACCCUUCUGCUGGAACCAUUACAUACCACUUUUCUUUCAUCUUAAAAUUGCAAGCAAUUUUAUUUUAUUUUUUUUAAUUGAAAGGCACUGUAUUCUCUUCUUGACAUUCAUUCAGUCUCCCAGCAGGCUUCCUUCCCCAACCCUUAGUUUAUUUUAAGAGGAUAGAUUGCUUCAUUACCACUCAAAUCUGUUUUUGUUAGCAGAGGCACACUAUUGUGACAGGUACAGGAGUUCAUAUUACUGUUUUUUACUAGUUUAGCUCUCUGAUUUAUUGGCAGAGAAGCUGGUUGUUCUGCUGGAAUUAGUUCAAAGGUAACCUUGCUCUGUUUUACCUGGUAUUUCUUUAUUUCUGCAGUUAUACUUAGCAUUCUUCCAAGGUGGCAGAACAAGUUCAACACAUGCUCCAUUGAUGUGACCUGUAAGACGAUGCAGAAGUUUCAUAAAAACUGAGAAGUAAUGCUCACUUAGAGGUACAAUAAAAUGAAGCUAGUUUGAACCUGAGACCCCCAGUUUUCAACCAGCUAAACUACUGCUAAGUUGCAAUAUGAACUCUACAAGCCAGAAAAAAAAAAUUGUUUUUUAUGUACAGAGGCACCUUUUGGACUUCACAGUCAGAUACACAAAUAUGCUGAACCCUGAGUGAUACCGUUUAAUUCAGUGAGUGCUUAGCUAUUUUGAAUAUCAGGCCAAGAAAGAAUAAAAAGAUAGAUGAAUGUUCCCAUUGAAGUCAAUGGGAAGGGUGCCAGUGUUUUAAGAGAGGGCUUUCAGCCUGUUAGCAGAAAUGGAAAUAGUUCAGCCUGCUAAAAAAAUGAACAAGGUAAAUAAAAAAAAAAAAAAGCUAAUGCCAAGAUGGAACGAGGUCUAUAUUGUCCCAGCAUGUGCAUGUUAGGGGGCCAGGGGAACUGGUAGGUAUCCAGUUUCUCAUUUUUAUCACUGUUAACAAGUAUUGGCUUCUUGACAAGGACAGCAGACAGAGCACUUCACGGGGAGCUGAACACUUCCCGUUGGCCUCCCGUGAUCUUGCACGGCUGCCAGCGGGGUGGAAGCAGAGAGUGUGCCCUGCUCCAAACCUGGCGGUGUGGCUGAGCAUUGCCUGGGUGGUGAGCCCAAGAGCUUUCCAGGAGACUUCAGUCAGCAGGGGGGAACACACAGAUUUGGUCAAUCUGACUUUUUUCUUUUUUUCUUUUUUUUAAGUUAACAAGUCUCUCUCUGCAUGUUUGACCUCCCCUUGUAAUUAACACCUCUUAAUAUCUGUGAGUUUUGUAGGUCUUUAUUAACAUAAUACUCAAGUUGUUCAAGGUGGGUAAAUUGUGUGUGGAUGGCUAGACUGCCUACCUACCAUACUUUCAGGUUCUCUUACAUUUUGCAAGGUACCUGAACUUUCUUUCCUUGAUAUGGUCCUUCAUAUGGUCCAGCCUAUCUCUAAUUUUUUUAUUGUGAUUAUUUUUGCUCACGAACAAGUGUCUAAUUAGGUCUGCAACAGCCCUAGUAUGAGUACAUAAAGUUUAGCAUUUUAAAUAUCUUUCUUUACUGCAAGUUUAAAUAGUUGUACAGAUAGUUUAUAAGCACAAUAUUUUAAGAAAAUAAGUGGCUGGUCUACUGGGCAGCCUUUGUGCCACUUCAGUGCUAGAAAGUGAAAAACAACAAAAAAAAACUUUUGUGGUUUAAUACUAUUUCUGUGGAAUAAUUAUAAAGUCUUGACCUUUUUAAAAUCAACCUCAUUUGGAUGCAUCUGAACCAGCAGAGCUGUGUUAUAUUUUCUAUCUUUGCUAGAACUUCUACAAAGGAGGAUGAAUAUUUCUUCAGAAGUGGUUAUAGUUACCAAUGCAUUGGAUACUCAUAAAAAAUAAUAAAAAAAAAAACUUAUUUAGCCUCCUGCCCCCUUUACGGAACAACAAAUCUUUUGACUUAACAUCUGUUACUACACUAUAUUUGUAUUUGAAAGUUCCAAGUAACCUUGUAAUAAAAAUCAAAUACUAAGGCAUUUUACUUUCAAGAGUACUGAAUUUUUCCAUAGGUGUUGUAGAAAAUGACAGUCUCAUUCAGAUAGUCAAUACAGGCAACUUGAGGCCAUCAGAUACUUUAAGAAGUGUAAAAAUGGUAAUUUAGCCAUCAUUGUCUUCCAUUUGGUGAUAUGACAGAAUUCAGUAAAUAAACCACUAAUGCCAUGCUCUUUUUUUGUUUCUUUGGGUACAGUUGAUAUUACCUCUAUAAUAUGUGCCAGAAAAUACAUUAGAAACUACGGUAGUAAAAGACAAUGUAGAAGUUGACUUUUAAGCUGCUUUUUACUCACAAUCUUGUUGUUGGAUUUAAGUUUAACACGUGCUGACAUACACAGCAAAUUACAGUUGAUGGUAAUCCCUUUCUUACACAGGUGUGUUUCUUGCUCGUGUAUCUUUUCAGGUACUGAAAGCAUAGGUACAAUACCAUUAGCAGAGAAGAGGUUUGAAACAUUAAAGAGCUAAUGAAAUAGUUUAUUUUUACAUUGUGUCUUUCAAAGUAAACGUAAUGAGACCUGAGAGGACCUACUUUCACCAAUAAAAUGCACCUCUGCCAAGAUGAAUCGGUCUCUAGCUCUGUUUGAUGAUUUUGCUACAGAAAGCAAUAGUAACAGAUACGACGUUGCCUCCGAGUAUUUUCGUCAGUCUGGAAAUGUUGGGGGGAGGAGAGAAGACCCUUUUAUUUCAUGCUACUAUGAUAGUGAAAAACAAGUUGUUAGAGAUCUAUGAAAUACGUUAUGAUAUUCUGGGUUUUAGGAUCAACUUUUGUUUAUAUACUGUAAUUUAAAUAAAUUGCAUUUACAUGCCUAGUUUCUGUAAUAUUUGUGUAUACAAUACCAAAAUCUUACAAGAUGUAAAUUGUGUAUAACUGCACAGACUCCUUUCCCUAGGUGUCUGAGAACAUUUUAAGUUGAAUUCAUAUAUUAUAAAAUGACUAGAUGUGACUGUUGAUUUACAGAAUUUACAUAUCACAAAAGUUAAUUAUUUGUGGUACUUAAGUUAAUAAAAAUAGUGAUUUUUUUCUCAGUUCUUAAAAAGCAUUACCCAGUUGAUCUGGCGAUGAUUAUGUGUAUGAGCCACAAAUAUUGAUAAUUUUUCCAUUACAUUUUUUCUUUUCUUUUCUAGAUAUUAAUAUGUUUCUCGCUAUAGUUUGUGUAACAACUUGUGUUCACGUUAUCUAUGUUGCUGUAAUUUUUGUGCUUUAAUUCCUCUUAUUUUGACUGAUUAAAAAAUCAAGCUCCUGUAACUUGCACUUUUCCCCAAUCCUUAAUACUCUUGUAUGGCAACCAAAAUUACUGUAAGAAAUAAAUAUAAUAUUGCACUAAGGUUGUGGUUCUGAUUGCAAACAGAGAACACUGUCUGGAUUUUUAUUAAAAAAAAAAAAAAAAAAAAAAAAAGUUGCCAAACUUGCAAUCUGAUGUUGUAUAUUGAAAGAGCAUAGAAUGCUUUAACAAAAUGUAGAUAGAAAUAAGGCAAAACCAUUGAUUUAUUGUCAGGAAAAAACACUUCUUUUUUCUUUCUUUUUUCUUUCUUUUUUUUUUUUUCUGGUUAAAGCAUUCUUUAUGCUUCAUAUUAGUUUAUUUACUGAGUUUGAGAUCCAUGUUUGAAAUUUGACAGGUAAAAAUAUUUCAACAGGUGGUAGAAAAUACUUAUCUAUUUGCCUUAAGGUGGGUUUCAAAUAAUCAUUGAAGUUUUUUUCUUUGCUGAGCAUGUGUGUGGGAAUGCAUGCUCUCAACUUAGUAUUACUGGUAAUAUGAGGCACACAGCUGUGGAUCUGUUCUGCAGUUUAAUAAGGCACUGAAACGUUUGGGGGGCUGGAGCUUUUGUAGGCAAGAGAAGCUUUACGGGCAGGAGAGGAACCAGUGCUCCUUAGCAGAACUUGUGCCUCUGGUGCCUAAAAAAUGUACCGGCAGGACAUAUUUGUACUGUGAAUAAAUAAUGUUUGAAGUGGGGGAAAAAAAAAAAAAAGAAAAGAAAAAAAAAAUCUUUUGCUUUAACUGUUUUUUCUAUCUUUAAAUGGUGGUACAAUGAAGAUUUUUUUUCUAAGAUAUUGGAAUAAAUGCCUAGAACUGUUGCCAUUUGGUUUCACAUGUUCCUUAAAUAUUAUUCUCUUCCUCAGAUGUUGUUCUAGUUCAUCUUUUUUUGUAGUUACCUAAUAUUUCACUCGUAUUUUUCCAACAAAAUUACUUGGCAGCUUUGUUUUGUUAAGAAACAUAGCAGGAAAAAAAAAAAAAAAAAAAAAAAGCGCCUUUGUUUUAUUUCAGGUACUGUGGCAAUCUAGUGAUAAACACCUGUAUAUCUAAAUAAAGUCAGGUAUUUACAGAGCAAAACCAAGAGUGCUUUGCAGUUGUCAAUGUUUUGUUGGUCAAAGAGAAGAUUUUGCUCAUUGCUGUUGUAGUGUACAUUGUUGUGUUUUGUCUUGUUCUUGUGUUGUUUGUUUCUUUUUGUUUUGUUUUGUUUUUGUACUUUCAUGCAUUUCAUGGUCUUUCAUUCCUUGUGUCCAAAACCAUGAAAAAAACAGUAGCUAUGAUGGGACAUCCAGAAUAGCAAGAUAGUAACAGUACUUCAGAACAUGGGAUUAAAAAAAAUAAAUAAAUCGCGUGCCUUAUAAUUUUCAACAUAGAUGAACUACACUGUAUUUAACACAAAGAGCUUUAUCUUCCAGGAAUUACAGUAUCUGACAAAAAGAGCUCAUUGUGCUGUCUUCUAAAAUGAGAAGUCCAUAUCACUGCAUUAGGAAAAGUAGUUGGAAAAACUGAAAUGAUUUACAUCUCACUUAAACACAUUGUUGUCAUGAAACUGAUUUGAAGACCUUUGUUCAAAUCUCGUAAAUGGUAGGAGUGAGUGUAGGGUCAAUGAAAUGAGACUGUUAUUUUUGGUUCAAUUUACUACCAUAAAUAUACACUUAGUUAUUAAUGUAGUUGACAUGUACUGUGUAUCAAAGACAAGGUAACAAAAAUAAAUGCAGUGGACGCAUUCUGUAGUCUGAAGAAGCUGGUUCUAUAACGCUGACAUCUAGUGGAAUGUGAUGGACAUAGUCACAGAGCAAUAUCUUAAAAUAUGUAUUUAUUUUAAACAAUUGUCAUUCUUUUACAAGAAGUCAUUUUAGCUUUUUAUUAUUAUUAUUGUAAGUUGGCCUAAAUAUUUAAGUCAGAAAAAAAAGGCUGACUAUAAUUUUACGAAUUAUUCAUUGAAUGAGAAACCUUUAAAGAACUGCAAUGUUUUUCUAGUCUAUGUGUGGUUGUGUUUUAGCAAUUUUAUGUUUUAAAUGUUAGCAUCUCCAUAUGAUCCUUCAUCUGCAUUGAGCAUGUUUUUUAAAUAAGAAUGUAUUUUUUGUCGCCAGUGCUGCAAACUUGGACUGUUUUGAACAAUUUCAAUCAAACAUUGCAAUCCGAUGAACAACAGCUGUUUCAGAUCCAACCUGCAAAUGACUGCAAGGCUUUUAGAUUAGGUAUUAGUUCAGAAUAGCUGGUGGAUUUUUUAUCAAAUGUACUUGCAGAACUGACAUUUGGUUUCUCAAGGAAAAAAUUGUUUUCCUCAUAACUGAUGCUAGAAGGAAUACAUGCACGUGUGUGUGAGUUCUUGUAUGCUUUUAAUGUAAAGGUUCUUGGACAGCAUUAGAAAUCAAUGUACAAAUAGGACACCAGUGUUGCAUGUGCUUACAAAUGUAUUGGAAUAAAUGUUGCAGUGUACCUUUUUGCUUUGAAAAUCUGAAGAGAAUACAAUAUACAGAAAACUCAAAAUGUAA